AACACAGAGUAUCAAGCAAAGAAGCACAACUCUUCUUUUUUGUUUGUAACUAGGCUAUCAUCAAUCCCAAGAUUUGUAAUAAUAUUACUUAUACACGGUUAAAAGAUGGCAGGUGGGUCUUUUGUGGAUACAGGAAAUGCAAAACAAUUUGACGGUAAAAUCACAAUAUUUGUAUUGAUUACAUCUUUUGUAGCAGCUAUGGGAGGUCUAUUAUUUGGUUAUGACUUGGGAAUUACAGGAGGAGUAACUUCCAUGGAUCCAUUCUUAAUUAAAUUCUUUCCAAAUGUUUACAAACAAAUGAAAGGUGAAACCCAUUACGAAAACCAAUAUUGCAAAUAUGACAAUGAACUCCUCACCCUUUUCACCUCUUCCUUGUAUCUUGCUGCAUUGGUAGCUUCUUUCUUCGCUUCCUCAACCACAAGAGUGAUGGGGCGCAAGGCUUCAAUGUUUAUAGGUGGCUUGUUUUUCCUCGUUGGUGCAUUGUUGAAUGGUUUUGCUACGGACAUUAGAAUGCUUAUCGUUGGCCGUUUAUUACUCGGCUUUGGUGUUGGAUAUUGUAAUCAAUCUGUUCCACUGUAUUUAUCAGAGAUUGCUCCAGCAAAAAUCAGAGGUGCUCUAAACAUUGGUUUUCAAAUGAUGAUUACAAUUGGCAUCUUAGUUGCCAAUCUUAUCAACUAUGGUACUUCCAAACUUGAAAAUGGAUGGAGAAUUUCUCUAGGUCUCGGAGCUGUUCCUGCAAUCAUGUUGUGUUUGGGAUCACUUUUCUUAGAUGACACACCCAACUCUAUGAUUGAUAGAGGCCUACCAGAAGUAGCCAAGGAAAUAUUACAAAAGAUUCGCGGAGUCGACAAUGUUGAUGAGGAACUUCAAGAUCUUAUUAAUGCAAGUGAGGCGGCAAAAAACGCAGAACACUCAUGGAAGAAUAUUGCACAACCAAAAUACAAGCCCCAACUGACUUUCUGCUCUUUCAUUCCUUUCUUCCAACAACUCACUGGCAUCAAUGUUAUCAUGUUUUACGCACCCGUCCUUUUCAAGACGUUGGGCUUUGGCAAUGAUGCUGCUCUAAUGUCCGCAGUUAUCUCUGGAGGUGUCAACGUGCUUGCCACUUUUGUUUCCAUCUUCACUGUUGAUAAGUUUGGAAGAAGGUUCUUAUUUCUUGAAGGUGGCAUCCAAAUGUUUAUUUGUCAGAUCGCUGUUGGAACCAUGAUCGCUUUAAAGUAUGGAGUGAGUGGUGAAGGGUCAUUUACCAAAGGAGAAGCCAACCUUCUUUUGUUCUUUAUAUGUGCAUAUGUUGCAGCAUUUGCUUGGUCUUGGGGUCCACUAGGAUGGUUGGUACCAAGUGAAAUAUGCUCUCUUGAGGUUCGGUCUGCAGGUCAGGCUAUCAAUGUUGCUGUGAACAUGCUUUUCACUUUUGGCAUUGCACAAGUUUUCCUCAACAUGCUAUGUCAUUUGAAGUUUGGUCUUUUCUUUUUCUUUGCGGCUUUUGUGCUAGUCAUGACAACCUUUAUCGCCUUGUUCCUCCCCGAGACAAAGAACAUCCCAAUUGAAGAAAUGAGUAAAGUGUGGAAAUCACAUUGGUUUUGGACAAAAUAUGUUCCAGAUGUUGACAUGGCCGCUAAUAACGAGCGUAAGAUCACCACUCAAAGCUGAGCAAAUAUUUCUAUUAACAAUGUACAAUUAUGGAAAACAACAAACUAGAUGAUAGAAUCACUUGAAAAUUUGUUGAUUUGUUACAUUUUUGCCAUCAAAGUUCA